AUGCAUGACAGAGAGAUUGAUGAAGCUGAUAUUCCUCUCCCUUCAUGUCCUCUCCUUCUCAACAAAUUUUUGCCGGAGGAUGAAGUGAGUGGCGGCUCACAGUGGUCCAUGGUAGAAACUGCCAUCUCCUCCAGUGAGAACAUCGAUGUAACGCCUCAAAACAAAACGUGUUCAACACCAACCCCCUUCUUUUCGGCUCAUGAUUUCGAAUCUGAGAUUGUAUCCUUCAAACGGAACCUCACAUGUAUAGAUCGGAGACUACAUCUUUCGAACCACUUCAAGGGUUUCAAACCGGUGUCUGGGGAUCAAGAUCCCACGGUAACACAAGGAGGAGCUCUGACGAGAAUCUAUGGAUUACGGUAA